GUGCUGGCAGAGCGCAGUGCGCCCGGGGAGAGCGGACAGAGCGCACCGCACAGCGCACCAUGGCGGACCCCACAUCCAGCGAGCCCGACGAGAACACCACCCGCUUCGCCAGGAAAGGCGCCCUGAGACAGAAGAAUGUGCAUGAGGUGAAGGACCACAAGUUCACCGCGCGCUUCUUCAAGCAGCCCACCUUCUGCAGCCACUGCACCGACUUCAUCUGGGGAUUUGGCAAGCAGGGCUUCCAGUGUCAAGUUUGCUGUUUCGUCGUUCACAAGCGCUGCCAUGAAUUUGUCACGUUUUCCUGUCCCGGUGCAGACAAGGGACCAGCUUCUGAUGAUCCCAGAAGCAAACACAAGUUUAAAAUCCAUACCUAUUCCAGUCCGACGUUCUGUGACCACUGCGGUUCUUUGUUAUAUGGCCUCCUUCACCAAGGAAUGAAAUGUGAAACUUGCAUGAUGAAUGUGCAUAAGCGCUGUGUGAUGAACGUGCCAAGUCUCUGCGGGACGGACCACACAGAGAGGAGAGGCCGAAUACACAUCAAAGCAGAGAUCAGCCAGGAUGUACUAACGGUGGUGGUUGGGGAUGGCAGAAAUUUAGUUCCUAUGGACCCUAAUGGGCUCUCUGACCCAUACGUGAAACUUAAACUGAUUCCGGAUCCGAAGAGUGAGAGUAAACAGAAAACAAAAACCGUAAAAUGCUCCCUCAAUCCAUCGUUUAACGAGACCUUUAAAUUCCAACUGAAAGAUUCUGAUAAGGACCGCCGGUUGUCGGUGGAAAUUUGGGACUGGGAUUUGACGAGCAGGAAUGAUUUUAUGGGGUCUUUAUCAUUUGGAAUUUCUGAACUACUGAAAGCUAGUGUGGAUGGAUGGUUCAAGUUGCUGAGCCAGGAGGAAGGAGAGUAUUUCAAUGUACCUGUGCCCCCCGAAGGCGAAGAAGGCAAUGAAGAACUACGGCAAAAGUUUGAGAGAGCUAAAAUCGGCCCUUCCUCCAAAGCCACAGAAGACAAGGCGGCACAUCCGGUACCCAAAUUUGACAGCAAUGGCAACAGAGAUCGCGUGAAAGGAUCAGACUUCAACUUCCUAAAAGUGCUGGGCAAAGGGAGCUUUGGGAAGGUAAUAUUGGCGGAGAGAAAAGGAACGGACGAACUCUAUGCAAUAAAAAUUCUGAAGAAAGACGUAGUCAUACAGGACGAUGACGUUGAAUGCACCAUGGUGGAGAAACGAGUUCUUGCCUUGGCUGGAAAACCUCCCUUCCUAACUCAACUACACUCCUGCUUCCAGACCAUGGAUCGCCUAUACUUCGUGAUGGAAUUUGUCAACGGAGGGGACCUUAUGUAUCAGAUCCAGCAAGUUGGCCGGUUUAAAGAACCUCAUGCAGUAUUCUAUGCAGCAGAAAUUGCCAUCGGCCUCCUGUUCCUGCACAGCAAAGGCAUCGUCUACCGGGACUUGAAGCUGGAUAAUGUUAUGUUGGAUUCUGAAGGUCAUAUCAAGAUCGCCGACUUUGGCAUGUGCAAAGAGAACAUGUGGGACGGUGUAACGACAAAGACCUUCUGUGGCACGCCAGACUACAUUGCACCAGAGAUCAUUGCCUACCAGCCCUACGGGAAGUCUGUAGAUUGGUGGGCGUUUGGCAUCCUGCUCUACGAGAUGUUAGCUGGACAGGCCCCGUUCGAAGGAGAGGAUGAAGAUGAAUUGUUUCAGUCCAUAAUGGAGCAUAAUGUAUCUUACCCCAAGUCUAUGUCUAAAGAAGCAGUUGCUAUUUGCAAAGGGCUAAUGACUAAGCACCCUGGAAAGCGUCUAGGCUGUGGACCCGAAGGGGAGAGAGAUAUUAAGGACCACGCAUUCUUCCGUUACAUAGAUUGGGAGAAGCUGGAGGCAAAAGAGAUCCAACCACCAUAUAAACCAAAAGCGUGCGGCCGAAACGCUGAGAACUUCGACCGAUUUUUCACCCGCCAUCCUCCAGUGUUAACACCACCCGACCAGGAGGUCAUCCGGAACCUUGACCAGUCUGAAUUUGAAGGCUUUUCAUUUGUUAACUCUCAGUUUUGAUAAGAGGAAAUAAAGAACUGAGGACGAUUCUCUCAGGAGACCACAGCUCGUCCAGGCUGCAUGUGCGCCCAUAAAGCUCACCCUCUCUGCGUGUGCAUGACUCCAUCUUUGCUGAGAGUGUCUGCGCGGUGCUCGCACACUGCGUGCUGAUCCCUCCAGUCCCUUUAUAUAACCAUUAGCAAGCAAAGCAGCGUGUUUUCAAUCCAUUAAAUAAACAUGCAGGCACAUUAGUUAGGUAGAGCAUGGGGAAUUGCUGCAAACAGCGCGUGCAGGCCUUCCCUACAGUCCCUAAGACUAGAUUUUACUGGGGAAGUAUAUUAUCCUUAUAUGUACCAAGUCCAAACCUGUCUAGCAUCCAUCCACCCACCCACCCCACUUACUGUGAAACCCAGAUUCUUUAGGGCCUGCUUGUGCAGUAAAUUGUUUGCAGAAUACCCUCUAUAGAUCAAGUAAAUACACAGAACACCCCUCCUCCAUUGCUAGCACACUGUAGAGGUCUAUACGUUAACCAGUUCAGCACAGGAUAGUGCAACACAGAUUGCCUGUGCGUUGUGUUGUCUAGACCUAGAGUAUUGGGGGCGUGGGGAGGGGGUGAGCCUGCCCACCCACCCAUCUGACAUGUAAGUUGUUAUCCCCCCACUAUGUCCAUGCCACAGUGUUGCUCCAUUUUGUAGCAACCCAAGCCACAGGUGCGUACAGUCCCAAUGGGCCCCGGACUGCCAAAUCGCUUGAUAUCACAAGCCUAAAGUACUGCUCAGACUGUGUAAUAUGGUUCCAGAGCAGUGCGCUCUCUACAUUUUAUUUCCGAAGGGGCCAAAAUGUAUCGAUGACAAAACUCAGCAGAUGUUCCCGUGUGCGAGACCCCCAUCACAAACCUCAUUUCCGCAUGAGUGAAGGAGAUAAUGCACAAACACUCUGAAUGCCUGGGGCUUCCACUACAAAUUGGCCAUUCGGCAUGCAGCUUUAGCCAAGCAUUAACUCAUUAUCCUCUGCAUAUUCCUGUCCUACAGCGGGGGCUUGUGUUAGCUGCCUGCUGUGGGUUGUUUGUGUUCCCUCUCAUAUGCAGAAUUCAAUCUUUUGAAGGUCACGGUUCCUUGCAUUAUGUAUUCUGUCAAAUGAAAGUUCUCCGUAGACAUUGUGGGAUUUUUAUUUUCCUGUGAUGUGUUUUUCUGGAGCAGUGCUUGGAUGAUGCUUUCCACUGGCUGUUGCUGACUGCUGCUCCCAUCAUGCCUAACUGGAUACAAGGGAUUGAAGUCUAAGACACAGAAAGCUGCUUUGGCCCAACAAGAUCCUUACACCAGGCGUGCCCAAAAGGUAGAUGUUUUAAAACGACAGCUUCCAUGAGUCUUUGUCAUUCUAAAGGCAUGCAAAGCAUCAUGGGAGCUGUAGUUCUACAACAUCUGGGGAUCUACCUUUUGGGCACUCCUGCUAUAGACGACCUAUCUCAAGCCCUGAUGCCCGAGCUAUCCGCCGCUGUAAUAGGUGUCACAAGUCCAAACAAACGUCAUGUUCUCUAAACUGUGCCUGGCAAAUAUCUGCACCCUCCCACCCCCUCUUCACUUUCCCCAGUAUGCUACACAAGCAGCCGGUGAGGAUGUGACAGUUGUGUUGCUCCCACCCUCCCCAAAGCAUUUCAGAAGAAAGAUAGCUAUUAGGAGCUCAUUGAGUAUUGUGACAAGCAUCUCCCGGCUUUUCCAUCAACCAUCCAUUGCACAGAUCACACACCGACUCUGUGCUGAGUAUUUGUAAAAUACCUCUUUCUGCCAGUAUUUAAAGGGACACAAAAUGCAAGAUGUGAUCCUGAUGAUGCAUUUAAUUAAAUAAAAUAAAAACCAGGUGCUACAGCAGGCAGACUCUGUUCAGACCAGGAAGAGGCUUCUCCAAUCAAGAGCCUUUCAUUCUUGUCUGUCGAGUCUGAUUCUUUCUAUCAGUUUAUGGGAGAAGUUCCGUAGUUGAGCUCCCACCAGUUGUUUUACUUAUAACAUAGGAUAAGUGGAACUCUGAGUAACCUGGUAGCAGCGAUACUGUAGCCUCUUUAGUAAACAAUGUGUGAGCAGCAAUCUCCCAGCUGAACUGGCUUAUUUCCAGAGUUAAACGGAGGAUGUGAUAAAUCUCGGUAGGCAAAGAAGGAAGUAACCUUACUCCUUUUGACAUAAUUAUUAUAGGGGCCAUCCAACAGGUUUCUGUUGCACAUUGCUUCAGUUAUGUCGUCCCGAGCAUGGAGGCUGGAUGCAGGGUAGUCCCUCUACUAUCUGUCUAUUACUGGAAUUAUAAAGUACACAAACAGGAAUGUUUGGUAAUUCCUGCUUCAUUGCACUCGGAAACGAUCAUGCAAAGUUGUUAUGGUGAUUAGAGUGACCCUUUAAGACCAACUAAUGACUCGUUCAUGUUAUAAGUUCACAGUGGGUAAGGUUAGGAGUUGGUCUAACAUAUUUAUUUAUUUUUUUACUUUUUUUUACCAAGGAUCCACAUUCAGUUCCUGUCCUUAUGUGAGUUGCCCAUUCUUUAACUGUAAAGUUAGUACAGUGGCCUAUUCUUCAACUGUAAAGUUAGUACAGUGGCCUAUUCUUCAACUGUAAAGUUAGUACAGUGGCCUAUUCUUCAACUGUAAAGUUAGUACAGUGGCCUAUUAUUCUACUGUAAAGUUAGUACAGUGACCUAUUCUUCAGCUGUAUAAGUUGGUAUGACCCAUUUAGAAUUCAUGCUGCAGAGAUUAGGCAAAGCGCCUUUAUUAGACUGCCUUAUGCCAGAGAGGUCCCCCAUUGCCCUGGGGAAGGCAGUGCCACUGCUGUAAGCGGUUUACUGUGUGCAGUUGCCUAGGGAAUGAUGAACACAGCGCACUUUAUUCCAACCUCCCCUUAAUGGGAAAACCACUGCUCUAGAAGACAAUCGCCAAUUUUGAAACUGCAGUUGUUUGCACAAGUACAGUUUCCAUGAUCCUUUAUUGCCCCGAGCCCAGCUGAGCAUCAUGGGGAAUGUAGUUUGCAAACAUGCCAGAGUUCGGCUCUCUGCCGUGGUCGGCAGCUGGAGUUUGCAGUCGACUUACUCUCAGUGCUUUGAGAUAUGCAACAAAAUAGCAAUAAAUAUUAAUGUUUAAUCCCUGGGGUUAUGCCGCAUGCUCCUUUUUGAAUAAUUGGAGACUGGCUGAACGAAGGGAGUUAGUGGCACAUCCGGGUCUCCGACAUUCGCUGUGAGUAGUAUCUCGCUCACUAAUUGGUGUUGGCAGUUGACCAGAAAGAUCCGUGUUGAGAAAAGCUGUAACAGGCU